CAAGCAAACAUGCCUCCAAAGAACAAAACUAAAAAGACCACAAUGAAAAACCCAGAAAAAAGUGAAAAUGACUUUGAAGCAAAGUAUAGGCGCAGUGUUGUGGACGUAGCCGUCCUACAAGAUCACAUUGCCUUACAGUGUGAGUCUGUAAAAAAGGUCCAGUCUGAUAGAAUUGACCUGAGGAGACACAUGAGACACACGGAGCAGAAGCUCUGGUAAGCGAAGUCUGACAUCUUUGACGCAACUAUCGUUCUAGACCUCAGUCGCCAGUACAAUACCAUGCAGACAGAGCUGACCAACAAGGUAAAGAAUGAGAAAGAGGUCAGCCACCUGACAGAAGAACCUGUGCUGUGUCAGGAGGAACUGAGUAAAGAGAAAAGAGAGCGUGAGCAGGUGGAACGGGAGAAGGACGCCACCAUAGCUAAGCUCCAACACAAGCUGGGCAACAUGGAAACAGACUAUGAGAAGAUCCUGCAUGAGAAUCUAGACGGUCUGACUUCCCAGCUGUCUGUGGCUCGACGGGGAUGGGAGGACAAGAGCACAACCCUUCAUCAAAAUUACAAGGAACUGCUCUCUGAAUUUGGCCUGAAUGUACGGCACAUCUAA